UGUUUAAGAAUGUUUGAUCAUGAUAUGUUAUGAGUUUUGAAGAGCUUGGUGGUUCUUUGUUGAUGGCAUUUCAACCUGGGUGUGUGUUCUUGGGAUGGUUGUGGUAGUUGCAACUGCAGUGUAGAUACUGGAUUUAGUGAGACUCUAUUGAACAGUAAAGUUGAAAUGUAAUGCUUUUAUUUAUCAUUUGCUUCGUUUGACUCUUGUUUUUCAUGUUUAAUUCAUUCUCUCAUUUUUAUUUUAUUUUAUUUUAUUUUCCGGUUAACGUUAUUUUGCCUUUAAUCUGCAAUGCUCAUUUUAAACUUUAUCAGCAGAUUGUCAAUGAGUACAGUGAACUUCUUACUACCCAGCUUGAGGACCAAAAAAUAUAUUUUGAGUCUUUACUGAGAGAAGUUGAAGAAGAAGCUGAAAGGGAAAUAUCUGAAGCCAUUGAGAAGGCUGCCAGUGGCAAUCAGAAACUGCAGAAGAUGCAAGCCAAGCUGGAUAAAUGUGAUCAAGAGAAGAGUUUUUUUGAUGAGAUCAACAAGAGUCUUUUGAAAAAUCAGGACAUAUUGAAGGCAAGCAUAGUGGAAAUUGAAGAAAG